AUGAUUGUUCUCAUCUGGGCGACUCUGCUCUUCUCUGUGAGAGGCAGCAAUGCAGGUGCAUCCGUGGGGGAAACACAACACUGUCAGAGUGAUGGAUACUGUAUCACUCUUACUGAAAGAGAAAUAACAGCAGAGGCUGGACUCUGUGUUGUGAUACCGUGCUCUUUCACUACUCCUGAUAGCUUCACAACCCAACAUAUAGUUUGGUACAAAUGUGAACCAAGUAAACAGAGUUGUGAUAAUUCUGACAUAAUAUUCCACACAAACAAGAACAACAGAAACGUUCAGCCUGGGUUCAAAGGACGAGUGUCACUGUUGGAGUCUGACCUGAGUCAAAAGAACUGCAGCAUCGUCAUCAAUGACCUCACUGCUUCAGAUUCUGGAUCAUAUCAACUCAGAGUUGUCCAGUUUUGGAAUACAAAUGGAUUUACCUUCUCUUCUAGAGCAACUGUCUUUGUCAAAGAUCUGAGUCAGAAGCCCACAGUGAUGAUUCCUCCACUGACUGAGGGACAGCAGACCACACUGACCUGCACUGCUCCUGGUCUCUGCUCUGGAUCUGUUCCUACAAUCACCUGGAUGUGGAAAGGAACAGGAAAGAAUGACUCUCACAUUACAGGAGACAUCAUGACUGAGAAUCUGGCUGUUGUCACACAGAGACACAGCUCAACUUUGACCUUUAACUCUUCAGCUGAACACCAUGGCACCAAUGUGACCUGUAAGGUCAGCUUCACAGGUGACACAACUACAGAGGAGACUGUGACUCUGAAUGUGACCUAUAUGAAGAAACCUGGCAUCACUGGGGAUGCAAUUGUUAAGGAAAGUGACACUCUGAAUCUGACCUGCAGUGUUGAAAGUUUCCCUCCGUCUCUGAUCACAUGGACUAAACUUGGCCUCAAUACAAACCUACAAAAUGGAAUUGAUGCUAACUUGCAAAACGACACUGGACUAUCCACACUUAUCAUCCCUAACGUGAAAGCAGAACAUUCUGGACGUUACAUCUGUACAGCAAAACAUGUGGAUAGUACUCCGACUGUAUAUGUUGAUGUAACUGUGACUUGGUUUGCAAAGAUCCUAAAUGGCUCUGGAUGUGUGGCUCAGUCGACAGUUCUGACCUGUAGGUGUAUCAGUCAGGGGGUUCCCUUACCCACCAUUAAAUGGCCACUGAUGAAGAACCACAAUGAGUACUCUGUCAUUACCACUGUGUCGAACCACACAGUCAACAGCACCAUCACCCUAACUGUAAAAGACCACAGUGACACUGCUGUUGAGUGUGUCAGCAGCAAUGAAAAUGGAGAAGCAAAAGAAAACCUCACCAUCAUCCAAAUGAACACGCCAGAACAAGAAGGUAUGUGUCAAUUCAGUUUACUAAAAAUUGUUUCACGGCUGGACAUCAUCAUUGCAUUUUUGACUGGGGUACUUCUUUCAGCAACCCUUUGCUGUUUGGCAAAAAAAUGCCAUAGAGAAAAACAGAAGAGCUCUGGAAAUCUGGAUGGGACCCUGGAGAUGGUGACCACCCAAGAGGAUCCACUGAUACAUGCUGGUCAAGCAGUGGAAGAUGAUCAGACGCACCACCAAGAGGCACCAAAAGAUGGAGCUGAGGCGGUGGAGAAAGGAGCCCCUGAUCUCGAUGGUGGACCAAAAGACGCGGAGUACGCCAGCAUUGACUUCUCCAUGUUGAAAAGAAGAAGUGCCAGGGGGGCAGCAAAGAAGCAAGAGACCACAGAGACAGAGUACGCUGAAAUUGAGAGAGAGGAAAAAAUGAAAAGGCAAGACAGUCGCGGAGGGCCAGAUGAAGUGUUGGAGUGCAAACAGGAGGAGUCCGUGAUAGUGGAGGAUGAGGAGAUUAAACAUUCUGUGCCUGAAGAGGAGGAAGCAGAGGAUGCUGCGCUGUAUUCCAAUGUGAAGGAUAUAAUGGGUGAGUACUGUACAGCUUAG